GGGGAGGCGAGACCGCGCUCACCGCUAGGAAAAGGAAGGGGCGGGCCCUGCACGGGGCAUUUUGGGAACGCGUGGUAUUCUGGGAGCCCGGCGCCCCGCCAUUCGCUUGUCCCGCGUCUUGGCGUUGUCGCCUGAGUCUCCGCCGCCCCAGAAAGGAAGAGGAGGCCGGAGCCGGCACUGGUCCUCUCGUGCUUUCAACACUGUCACAGAAGUUUUAUGAAGUUUCCCUGCUUCUAAACCGUGCUCAAUCCAUUUUAACUCUCUUCCUGCCAAGAUGUCUAUUGGUGUGCCAAUCAAAGUCCUACACGAGGCCGAGGGCCACAUUGUGACAUGUGAGACAAACACCGGUGAGGUGUAUCGUGGGAAGCUCAUUGAAGCGGAGGACAACAUGAACUGCCAGAUGUCCAACAUCACAGUCACAUACAGAGAUGGCCGAGUGGCACAGCUGGAGCAGGUGUACAUCCGCGGCAGCAAGAUCCGCUUCCUGAUUUUGCCUGACAUGCUGAAAAACGCACCUAUGUUAAAGAGCAUGAAAAAUAAAAACCAAGGCUCGGGGGCCGGUCGGGGAAAAGCUGCUAUUCUGAAGGCCCAAGUGGCUGCGAGAGGAAGAGGACGUGGAAUGGGACGUGGAAACAUCUUCCAGAAGCGAAGAUAAAUUUAUCUAUUGAACAGAACUUUGCCUCUAUUUUUUUUUUUUUAGGUUAUCUCAGUUCGGGGGUGGGGGGUGUGUGCUUAUGUAUAUGUCCUAGGUUUUCUUUUGUCAACUUUCUCUUUAGAUCAGAGGAAAUGUUAAACUAAAUAAAUAUGAUUGGUUUGGUUUGGUU